UCGACCAAUGCAUGUAUAAUAUUUUAAGAAAUACGCACGUUCUUUUCUCGGAUUAUGAAAUCGCUUUUCGCGUGUGCUACUUUUUUUUAUAUAGAGUUCGUGUCGUGAGGAAAAGAUUUGAUGAUAAACGUCGUGGUUAUUCGAAGUAUGUGUUUUCGUGAGUAUGAGAGUAUACAGCGCAUAUGAAACGAAUGACAUCUCGUGUGCUUGAUGUGUUUUGAUUGAUCUUCUUUAUUUAUAAGAUAUUCGUUCGUAAAAUAUGCACCUCAGAUCGAAAGUAAUCGCUCUCGCGUAUCGCGAGAUUGGCCGUUUCUUCGACGGCGACAGCUGUCUUUGUAAUGUCAAUCGCGCGCAUCGUACGUACACCUCUCGAUAUGCCGGAAGCAAAACAAACGUCAAUCAUUCACCGAGACCGGAAAAAAGUUAUCGCGAAUAAGGAAUUGUGGAAUGUGCUUCAAUAGACGUUUAGGCGAAAGAAGAUUUGACAUCUCACAAUUGAAUAAUAUUGAAUAUUGUAAUACUUAAAUUAAAAGGUAAUAUGAUUUGCACGGCGUAAGCAUUUGCAUGUUUCUCUGCCAGUAUGUGGCUUCCCGCUCUUUUGACGUCAUAAUCUAUAUCUGCAAACACGAUAAGGAGUGUUUAAUUUUGUUCUUGUUUAGCAAACAUUUACCAUUUUUAUGUUUAAAAAUUUUAUAAAUUUUUUACGGAGUGUAUGUUUAUAAAUCAUGUAGCAAAAUAUUUUUAUUACGUUGAGCAAAAUCGCAAUUUUAACCGUGGAAUAUAAGAAUCGCUUUGGCAUAACGUGUCGAUCGUUAAAUUGGCAUACUCUUAUGUCAGCACAUCCGGUCUUUACAAUCCUAGUUAAUUAACUUUGUAGAAAGAAUCGAUUUAUCCUUUCCUUCCUUGCAUUAUUAUUAUUAUUAUUAUUAUUAUCGUUAUUCAAUUUUAAAACUUGGAUGUUUUUUCGUGAUAUAUUAAUAUAAUAAAGGAAAAAUUUAUUUACGAGAGUACGAGCGAAUAUAUCAAUAUCAUAGAGUUUUAUGCUAUUUCCGACGCAGUGAUUUGUAUGUACGAUUUAUGUAUAUGUCACUGGAAGCAUCGAUGAGUGAUCAGGCAUCGUCGGAUUCACGAUCGCGGAAGAUCAUGAGGGAUAAUCGGUGGUUCUUGAGGGACGAGACGUAGUAGGAUAUGUCCGGCUGUUUGUCAUCAUCUAUGACAGGAUCGACAGAUGCGGGGCCUUUGAAGCCCCAGGAAGAUCCCGCGCCGCCGUCGACCUAUGACCUUAGACCGUUGUCAGAGGGCAAUGGCUCGUCGGCCCGACGAGGCAGUCGUCAUCGUCAUCAGCCGCGACGCAGGAUGACAUCCGCCCCGUCAUCCGGACAAACGAUACAGCUGACCCCACUUUGGGAACACGUAGUGCGUACGCGUAGGUUUCCAUCCGAGGUCGACACGCAAGCCACCUUCGUUGAGAUCUCCGAGAGACUUCGAGACCCGGAAUGGGAAGUGCGCCAGCACGCUUUGCGGGUACUAAUGGACGUUCUACCAACUCUGAAUGCCGAUGCCGUUGACAAGGUCAUGCAACCGGUGGUGCCGGAGUUGAUCAAUAAUUUGGGGCAUCCAGCGCCGGCGGUACGGAAGGGCGCCUUGGACGCGCUGCGGGUCUACCUCGUUCAUUCCCCCAACAGAGACAGCGUGGUUAAAAAUAUCUUCCACGACGGUUUGAAUCGACCGGAUGCUCACAAUCCGUUUCAGACGAAUGUGACAACGGGCGUGAUUUUGAGCGCACCGUUGCUACUUUUUCCAUCGUCUGACAGUCCCCCACCGACUACGCAGAUUCUCAAAGAUGUCACGAUCGCUUUUGCUGCACGGUUGGUUCAGGUACCGCACCAGGAAGCCGCUCUUAAAUCCCUCAUGAAGAUUCGCAAUGAGGUCGGCGACGAAGAAUUCGAGAGCUAUUUGGCGGAUUACGAUGACAAAUUGAAGAAGAACAUCGACGUUCUUUCAAAGAUUUAUAAUAUCAAGCCGAGCAAAAGGAAGCGAGAGAAAAAUCACGCGCAGGAUAUCGUAAAGACCGACAUGAAGGAGCAUAUCUUGAACAAAUCCUGGGACAGCGAUAGCGAUACUUCCGGUAUCGCCGAGGAAGAGGACGAGGCGUCGAACGCUAUACCGCCGGCGAGAAUCGUUUUGGAGACCGAGAUCAAGUUCAAUGAAGAGACGGCCAUCACGAUGACGAUUCUGGAGGAAAAGGACGAGAACGAGAGCGGAGAUGACGAGACCGGUAAGGACGAAAAUCCAUCGUCUCCGAAUAAACGGAAAACACCCAGACGCGUCCGUUUUGGCGGUGAGAUCGUCAAGCUGAGAACACCCGACAGCGACGAGACAGAAUCGAUCGAGAUAACGCCUAAGACGAGGAUCCCGCUUCCCGUGUCGCCAGCCACCAAGAUGCCGGAAGCGACGAGCCGGAGACGACCUUCGUCGCAACCGUGCAGUCCCCAUGCAAGCGAGAAGCGGAGAACGAGGAGAGUUUCUAGAUCGGCAUCCAGUAGUCCCAAGAGAGAAUAUACGCACAACGCGCAACUGAGUCCUAAGAAGAGUAUUCUCACACGAACGGAUGGUCCUCUUAUCAUUGUCGACUCUGUAACAGAAGAAGUUAAAAAAGUAAAAAAAAAUAAGAGAAAUGGUGAAACAGAGGAUAAAGAUUCUUUUAAGAUAAACGAUAGUUUAAAAGAAGUUAACGAGAUAUCGAAGAAGGAAAAUCUCACCUUAGAUCAGACAACUUUAUGCUCGAUAAAUAAAGAAGAAAAAAUGAUGAAGAACAAUACAAAUAAUCAAGAGAAGGAUGAAAAUAAUGAAUCCAAGCUAACUCAAGUUGCAGCAGCACCGAAGAAUGUGUCCUCAAAAGAAGAACAAGCAACUCUCAAAAAUAAUCAUGCGGGCAUGAUUGAUGAGAGCGUUUCCGAAACUGUGCGACGAGAAAAAAAUUCAUCGCCGACUAAGUUAUCGAGUGGCCCAAAGGCGGUCAAAGAGAAUAAAGACGACAAUCUCAAAAUGGAAAAAGAACACUCGAAUGAAGACGUUCAGAAAGCAUCGGAGAGCAAUUCUGUUAGCGAUUUUUCCAACGAUUUUCCAUUCGGAUCGCCAGUUAACGGCGAAUACGAGACGCGAAUAGAUCGCCUGGUCGGCGGUGAUUUUAUCGACGAUGAUGAACGGGAAGAUGUGCGUAUUUUUGACUCGAUUACGGACAAUCGCGCGACGAAGUACGACGAGGACCAGAUCUCCGUCAAGAACGGCGACGGUGAAGGACGAAAGAGACGCGAUCAAUGUUUCGACAGGAGAAGCGCAUCGGAGGGAAACGGAAGUGUCACGUGUAGCAGUAGCGAGGGCGAGAGUAAACCGCGAGAACCUAGCUGGGAGGAAUUGGGAUUGGUCGAUCAAGAGGUGUUGGAUGAUCUGCAUAAUAAGGACGAUUGGCGGGCACGCGUGAGAGGCUUGGAGAGAGUUGCAUCGGCUUUGCGAACCUCCUCGGCGCUGAUCGCGAUAGAAUCGCGAUUAGGAUCGCUCUUGCAUGCGGUGCUCGGCGGCGAAAGGAGCUGCCGGGUGGCCGCCGCCGGCUUUGCGGUGGCGAAGAUUGUAGUCGCCGGUGUUUCGGAAGAUGCGUUAAGAAAAAGAUUGCCUCAAUUGGCUUGGGGCCUCGCCAGACAGGGCGGUCCAGCUGCGGCGCAGCUCACUAGAAUCGCGAUGCUCAGACUAAAACCCAGUCUCCUUCUGGAGCAAUUUUUGCAGCCUCACUGUCUAAGCGCUAGAAACGCCAAAACGAGAGAGAACGCAUUGCAGUUACUGAUCUUUUCACUGGUGACAUUCCCGAGCACCGAAUUCAAGUUAGAGACCGUAGCCAACCGAGUGGCCGCGAUGGUCGCGGAUCGUCGACGCAGAGUACGCCAAGCCGCUCUCGAUGCUUUAGCUGUGUUGGGACAGAUCUACGAUCCCGAGAAAGUUCUCGAGGCAGGAAGACGAGCGGCCGACGGACACGCCGAUGCCGAGGCAAUAUUGGCCGCCGUCAGGGCACGGCUGGCCAGGAAGUCGCUGCCCCUGGUGUCGGCCGAUGGCCUUGUGGUGUACGGUUUGCAAAUUUCACCGACUGUUCAGAUCGCUACUGGUCCCGAUGUCGAUUGGAUUGUGGCGGGAAGCGGCUCGGUCUCACCUGGCACCGGUCGCACUAGAGGACAGAUCAUUGCCACAUCUAGAUCGGCGCAAGGAAGAGCAUCGCGGAACGAAAGCACGAACAAUCGCGAAACCUCGUGGAUGGAAAGACCCAAUCUCGUCGCGCUUGGUGUCGGUUUGCAAUCUAAAACCGAACAAUCGACCGCCUGGCAAAUAUUGCCUUCGCAAACUAACGACGGCAAUGAAAAUAAUAUAAAAGGCUCAAACGGACGGAGCAUAAAUACAGGAGUGCUCUCAAACGUCAAAAAUUUAAAAUUAGAAGAGCAACUGCGAUCAUCUUACACAUCGUUAAAUCAGUACGAUCUUGUUGAGACAGAUGCAAAAAAUCAUAGGGAGAUUUCUGAUAAUUUUGAACAAAAAUCGCGAAAUCGUAAAAACGUUAAUGAAGUUACUAAAGAAAAGGAAAGCACAGCUUUACGAGGAGAAUCCAAGAUUCCGAUAUUGUCGACCCGCGAGCGGUCUAAAAUAACUUUGCAAAAUCAAGAAAAAUCCAUCAAUCUGGAACACGUCAAUUCUAAUUCGCGAAAGCAAACGAAGGAUGCGUCGGAUAGCAAUAGCAAUCGGAUAAAUUCGCGGCAAGAAAAUAUUCGAUCAUAUGCGGCUGCGUAUCAACGGCGAAAACGUCUCCAACAAGAAGCCAGUCAGACCUCGAAUCAGACAUUCAAUUCGCAUUGCAGCGGUUAUCGUUCGUCCUCUUACGCGAAAGCUUCGGGAACAUCAAAUAGAGAAUAUAACAGCGUUGCAGGAAAUAGGGAAGCAAUUUUCUCGAAUGACAAUCCGCGUAAUUACGGCAGAUUUGUAAACGACGAUUUUACGGAUAACAACGAAAAUUCAGAUCGCAUAAGAGGACAUAAACAAUUAUCCAGAAACAUGCAGCAACAGACGCUCGUUGAAAUGUACAGUUCGGUUCACGAACGACAGAGAAAACUUAUGGACAGACCUAUGUAUCGACGGUUACGAACUGCCCCGAAUCCAUUGACUUGCGUAUAUGACAAAUCCGAACAUCUGGAAUCACAAGUCUCCUCGGAUAACAAUAGAAACAUUAUAUACCGGGAUGCGUCAAAGGCGGUGAAACAGAAGAUCGAGAUGGAUCUCUCAUCGGAUUCACAGGAGAACGAGCAUUUUCUUGCAGAAAAUGCCAAUCCUCAUCGUCGGAGACUACGAUCGUUGUCACCUUCGCAGCUCCAUCGAUCGCGACAAUUUAUCAAACUGGCCUCCAGCAGAUUUCAUACCGCGUCGAUGUAUGACAUCGAUAAAGCGGUAAACGAAGAGGAAUACAAUGCGCGGAAUAAACAUCAUUUAUCGCCCGAGGCGAAAAAUUACCACGUGCAAAACUCAAACAAAGAGGAAUCUCGGUACCAAGAGUUUCUACGUUCCUUCUCAGUCGGCGGACAUGUAAACGAUCAUCCCAAAAGCGCGAGCAGCUCGUCGUCGGACGCUUCCAGAAGUAAUCGAGAAAGAAUCGACGAGAAUCAGGAUGCUGUAGCGCUGCCGGAUUACAAUGGCAACAGCGACAACAGCAGAUCGUCGACUCCAAGAAGUCAGGAUGACGACCCAGCGUUCGACGUUAUUACGACGAAUCGUCAGAGCGUUUGCGAUGACGUCGACUCCUUUUUCGAUGACUCACCAUCAACGAAGAUUAAUAGUUCUGUAAUAGAUUUUUUCGCAUAUUUGGAGUCGUUACUUCCUCAGCGAAAAUUUAACGAUCGACGUUCGUCAUUUGACGAGACAUUUUAUUUUUCAACAUUAAAUAUCACGACGCCGUUGGACACUAACAAAGUGGAAUACCCGAUGAAGAUAGCAAACGUACCGGACGAGGAGUCGAAGGAAUGGAACAGCGAGGAUGAUGCAAAGUCAACGAAUCGAAAUGGAUCAAUAUCGAGACAUUCGACUCACGGAGAGCUAAUCACCAUAAACGAAAAUCGCAGCGGAAGCGCGGAGAGCAAUUGCAGCAUGCAACCGGAAGAUGUUAGAUCAAGCGCGAGAAGAAGAUCCAUCGUAUCCGUGAUCUCGAACGAACGCAUUCUACCUUACGAGGAUCCACAGAUAAUUAAGGAAUCGCUUCAAUCAAGGGCUCUGAGUCCCAAAAAAUCGGAAUCGCUGUACUUGUCAUCCGAGAAUCGCAGCAUCAAUAACUCGCCAAUCUCCGACUCGCCGUCGAAACGGAGUUCUCGUUGCGGUUCGCGCAAUUUGGCCGAGAAUUCGAGGGAUUCCAGCGAGGAGAGAAUAGUCGCUUCCAUAGGACCUGACGAGGAUACUUCCAUUCAAUCAUUGGACACCAUCGCUCGCCCACCCAUAGACAUCAGUAUGACCGGUGAUUCACCGGCGAUCAUCAUCGCGUCGAGGCCUCAUUCUCACGAAAUCAUGGAGAAUCUUGAGAACUCGCAUAAUAAGAUUCACGCACAGGAGUCCACAGAAGAAGAGUCAAGCGUGAACGAGACUUUGGAGGAUAGACAAAGUAAAGACAGUAGCGAAACGAAUACCGAACCGGGAAUAUUGAAGAUUGAGCCUGAAUCUGUGGAAGCUAUCGAGUCGCGUAGGAGAAUCGUUUCAAAAGUACCAAUACGCGGUACCAAUAGAUACCGAGCUCCUUCCAAUAAAAGAACUUCUCCAAUCGAGAAACCCUCGGAAAAAUCCAAGCGGAUGGUACAACAAUGUCUCGCGCAACUCGAAAAUAAAGAUUGGGAAAUAACGAUGAAGGGCCUGAAAAGCCUAUCUCAGAUCUCAAAGCAGCAUCCGGAGAGUCUCGACACGUGCCCAGUUGGAACAAUAGGGAGGCUUCUGGGGCGGCAUAUAAAGAAUCUUCGUUCGCAAGUGGCGCGUGCCGCGUGUGUCGCUGCCAGCGAUGUCUUCAGCUCGCAGAUUCGAGUCGAUCAGGAUCUAGAGGAUAUAGCUGGAUCGUUGCUUCAAAGAACGGCCGAUACCAAUCGAUUUCUUCGAGCGGAUAGCAACGCAGCUCUGGAUCAGAUGGUGCAGCAUCUUCCGCCUCAUAAAACCAUCGGCAUCAUACUUCGGGGAGCGAGUCACCAAAACGCUAUUGUACGCGCAGCAACCGCUCGACUGUUAUGCGAUAUCACUGAUCGCAUUGGACCAGAUCACAUUAUGAUCUUACCACGUGACGUAAAAGAUAAGCUGCUAAACACAGGCGCGAAAUUGUUAAUGGACGGAAAUCUAGACGCCAGAAAUUAUGCGAAAAAGAUGUUUCGAUGCCUGACUCGCUGCGAGGGAUUUUGGAAAGCGCUGACGGACGCGGUGCCCGAAACAACGUUGAGACAUAUCGACAAAACCAUGAAAACCUUGUAAUUUCGUAAUCGUUCCAUUUGAUUAAAUCUGCGUAAUGUUAUUUAAUCCUUUGCCCCGUUGUCUCAUCAUUAAACAAACUACCCCAGAAGACUGUUUUAUUACGCAGAAACGUUUUAAUGAUCCGUUUUAAAAAUCGAUUUAGAAUGAACGAGAAUUUUCUACAGUAUGAAUUAUACAUACCGAGACAAGCAAGCAACUGUUUUUCCCUUGCUCCCCUUUGUAUACUUUCUUUCUGAAAAUUAAAUACAAAUGAUGUGAUUUUAGUGAUUAUAAUAUCAGAAAAAAACGAAAGAAAAUUCGAUAAGGGAGAGCUCAUGGUAUCACGAUUUUCGUCUCCUUUCAUCAAUGAACUCGGCGAAGUUUUGAUACUUGUAAUUUUAAUAUAUACGCAUGUAUAUUAGUUUUUUAUAUGAUUGUAUAAAGGAUGUGCACUUUGACAUAAGUGCGUUUGGAGAACUGUAGUGCCUUCAUAUUGAUAAAAUAUGAUCAUAUUGUUGAAAUUCUGCGAUCGCAAUUUUAGCUCAACUUUAGCGCUCGUGACGUAAAUUGUGUCGAAGAAAAGAAAGCAACAUUUUUGUCUCACUAUUAUCUUCACCAACUCUACGUUAACGAGUUGCAGGAAGAGAAAAUAUAAGAUAUACCUGAAAAAAGAGACCCAUUGCCGAUAGCAAUGAGUUUGUUUCGGAAUCGACGAUGCUUUCGACAUGAGUCGAAAGUUUAAAUUCGUUAGUUCGAUAUCAUAAUUGUUUGUAAAUCCACAAUUGUAACUUUCUAAUAUAUAAUAUACUCUAAACGCUACAAGGAAAAAUAUUGACAAAUUUAUAAAUUUUUUUCGGAAUAAAUAUCAAGUACUAUAAAACUAGAAUUUAUGAGAAUUAUUGAAUAUUAUUUGAGACUUCUUUCUCUUCUGUGAUUUGUAAACCGUCCAUUAGAAUUGUAUAUCAGAAAGAAUUCAUUUAUAUGUACAAUAUAUAUAAAAUAAUUUAUACGCAUACACAUAUAUAUACCAAAAAUAAUUGCUUGUUAUAUGGAGGGAAAGCACACAUAC